AUGGCAGACCUCUAUCGGAUCGAGCAAGGGGAAAAUGAACAUCCGAAGUUGUAUCUACAGCAUUUCAUUGACCUCGUGCAUCAGAUCCAUGACGUCGACCCAGUUAUCGCUGCCAAUCUCUUCGUCAAAAGCUUGCAGAUCCGAGCCGAGGGCGUCUUCAGAAUCCUAGAAUUUCGAGAGUGUGCGCAGAAGAAAUCUGCACUUAUCUCCGCUCCACCAGCGAAUAACCCUCCACCACCUGCUAGAGAUGACAAGAGGAAGAGGCAACAGACGGACCAUGCAAAGGAUGGGAAGAGACCAAGACAGAACCGAGAGUCACCAUGGUAUCCUUCCUUCGAAUACACUGUCCCACCGGAAGUCAUUUAUCAAGAGAAUAAAGAUAGACCUAUCUGGCAUGAGUCGUACAAGAUUACCACUCCUCCAGACAGAAGAGAUAAAAACAGAUACUGCCUCUUCCACAAAGAUCACGGCCUUACGGUCGCUGAAUGCCACAACCUGUAUAAUCAGAUCCAGGCCAUCACGAGAAGUGGAAGGCUAACCCAGUACAUUAAGGAGGCAGGCAGACCCGGCACCUCGCAGCAUAAUCCUGCUUCUGCCCCAACACCACAAGCAGCCGACCCCGUGCGUACAGCCUCUGCAAGCCCACAAGAACCUCUCAAGCAAGUCCCCAUGAUACAUGGGAUCGUGGAGCUCACUGAAGACCAAGAGCAUGCCACCAAAAUCCACAAGAGGAUGGAGGAACGGGUGAAGCGAUAUAGAUCAUUAGGCCACACAGUCAAUCUUGUCACUUCGGAGGACAGAUGUUAUUCAGCCUCUGUGAUCACCUUCACCGACGAUGACUUACAAGGAGUGCACCUACCCCAUGACGAUCCUCUCGUCAUCUCGCUACAGGUCGACCAUUGCCAACUGAGUAGAGUUCUAGUUGAUGGGGGCAGUGGGGUUGACAUCCUUUUCUGGGAAGCCUUCCAGAAGAUGGGCCUCGAGGAAAAUCAGAUUCGGACCUCCACUACACCCAUUUUGGGAUUUAACAGCCAGAGGGUAUACCCGAAGGCGUUGUACAAUUAA